AUCAGCACUUUUCUUUCAUUGGGGGGAAGGCGUGAGGAAAGUACCAAACAGCAGCAGACUUUUAAACUUUAAAUAGCCAGGUCUGAGUGCCUGAACUUGCCUUUUCAUUUUACUUCAUCCUCCACGGAGUUCAAUCACUUGGAGUGCCUACUUCACUUCUUUAAGCGAAAGACAGCGGAUCGCCCACACGGGCUUCUCAGACCUAGCUGACCUUGGCUGGAGCAUCUCCGAUAAAGCUUACGGAAAAGCGUAUUCACGGUCACCCAGAGUGAGGUGCUUCGGUUUCCCUCUAGAGGAGGUAUCCAGGCAUCAUGGGUGACUGGAGUGCCUUAGGCAAACUCCUUGACAAGGUCCAAGCCUACUCCACUGCUGGAGGGAAGGUGUGGCUGUCUGUUCUCUUCAUUUUUCGAAUCCUGCUACUGGGGACAGCAGUUGAGUCAGCUUGGGGUGAUGAGCAGUCUGCCUUUCGUUGUAACACCCAACAACCUGGUUGUGAAAACGUCUGCUACGACAAGUCUUUCCCAAUCUCUCAUGUGCGCUUCUGGGUCCUGCAGAUCAUAUUCGUGUCCGUACCCACACUCUUGUACCUGGCUCAUGUGUUCUAUGUGAUGAGAAAAGAAGAGAAACUGAACAAGAAGGAGGAGGAGCUCAAAGUUGCCCAAACUGAUGGGGCAAACGUGGAGAUGCACUUGAAGCAGAUCGAAAUAAAGAAGUUCAAGUAUGGCAUUGAGGAGCACGGUAAAGUGAAGAUGCGAGGAGGGCUGCUGAGAACCUACAUCAUCAGUAUCCUCUUCAAGUCUGUCUUCGAGGUGGCCUUCUUGCUGAUCCAGUGGUACAUCUAUGGAUUCAGCUUGAGUGCUGUCUACACUUGCAAAAGAGAUCCCUGCCCACAUCAAGUGGACUGCUUCCUCUCUCGCCCCACAGAGAAAACCAUCUUCAUCAUCUUCAUGCUGGUGGUGUCCUUGGUGUCUCUUGCCUUGAAUAUCAUCGAACUCUUCUAUGUCUUYUUCAAGGGCGUUAAGGAUCGUGUGAAGGGAAGGAGUGAUCCUUACCACGCUACCACUGGCCCACUGAGCCCCUCAAAAGACUGUGGAUCUCCAAAAUAUGCGUAUUUCAAUGGCUGCUCUUCACCAACCGCUCCCCUGUCACCUAUGUCUCCUCCUGGGUACAAGCUGGUUACUGGUGACAGAAACAAUUCUUCAUGCCGUAAUUAUAACAAGCAAGCAAGUGAGCAAAACUGGGCUAAUUACAGCGCAGAACAAAACCGAAUGGGGCAGGCAGGAAGCACCAUCUCUAACUCCCACGCCCAGCCUUUCGAUUUCCCGGAUGACAACCAGAAUUCUAAAAAAAUCGCUGCUGGACAUGAACUACAGCCACUAGCCAUCGUGGACCAGCGACCUUCAAGCAGAGCCAGCAGCCGUGCCAGCAGCCGACCUCGGCCUGAUGACCUGGAGAUCUAGAUACAGGCUUGAGCAUCAAAAUUCCAYUAACUGUGGAGAAGAAAAAAGGUGCUGUAGAAAGGGCACCCUAGGUGUUAAUUUUGUUCCAGUUGGAGGUGGUACUCAACAGCCUUAGUCAUGAGGCUUAGAAAACAACAAAGACUUUAGAAU